GCCUGACUGCCUGACAGCCUGACUGGGUGACUGCCUGACUGGGUGACUGCCUGACUGGGUGACUGCCUGACUGCCUGACAGCCUGACAGCCUGACUGAGUUAAUCUGCUGUAUGUGAACGAUGUCCUGAAGUGAUAGCUUUCUGUAAAGAGGAGAUAGUUUAACAACUUAGUUUUAAACAACCAAAACAUUUCACUUGUGUCUCUGAAGCAUAUCCUGUUCAGUGUAAACUGCUGUGUCAUGACUGCUGUAUCACUGGAGCAGAUGGAGACUGCUGUCUGCUGUAGCGUAGAGGCCUGUUGUACUGUAUCACUGGAGCAGAUGGAGACUGCUGUCUGCUGUAGUGUAGAGGCCUGUUGUACUGUAUCACUGGAGCAGAUGGAGACUGCUGUCUGCUGUAGCGUAGAGACCUGUUGUACUGUAUCACUGGAGCAGAUGGAGACUGCUGUCUGCUGUAGUGUAGAGGCCUGUUGUACUGUAUCACUGGAGCAGAUGGAGACUGCUGUCUGCUGUAGCGUAGAGGCCUGUUGUACUGUAUCACUGGAGCAGAUGGAGACUGCUGUCUGCUGUAGCGUAGAGGCCUGUUGUACUGUAUCACUGGAGCAGAUGGAGACUGCUGUCUGCUGUAGCGUAGAGGCCUGUUGUACUGUAUCACUGGAGCAGAUGGAGACUGCUGUCUGCUGUAGUGUAGAGGCCUGUUGUACUGUAUCACUGGAGCAGGUGGAGACUGCUGUCUGCUGUAGCGUAGAGGCCUGUUGUACUGUAUCACUGGAGCAGAUGGAGACUGCUGUCUGCUGUAGUGUAGAGGCCUGUUGUACUGUAUCACUGGAGCAGAUGGAGACUGCUGUCUGCUGUAGCGUAGAGGCCUGUUGUACUGUAUCACUGGAGCAGAUGGAGACUGCUGUCUGCUGUAGCGUAGAGGCCUGUUGUACUGUAUCACUGGAGCAGAUGGAGACUGCUGUCUGCUGUAGCGUAGAGGCCUGUUGUACUGUAUCACUGGAGCAGAUGGAGACUGCUGUCUGCUGUAGCGUAGAGGCCUGUUGUACUGUAUCACUGGAGCAGAUGGAGACUGCUGUCUGCUGUAGUGUAGAGGCCUGUUGUACUGUAUCACUGGAGCAGAUGGAGACUGCUGUCUGCUGUAGUGUAGAGGCCUGUUGUACUGUAUCACUGGAGCAGGUGGAGACUGCUGUCUGCUGUAGCGUAGAGACCUGUUGUACUGUAUCACUGGAGCAGAUGGAGACUGCUGUCUGCUGUAGUGUAGAGGCCUGUUGUACUGUAUCACUGGAGCAGAUGGAGACUGCUGUCUGCUGUAGCGUAGAGGCCUGUUGUACUGUAUCACUGGAGCAGAUGGAGACUGCUGUCUGCUGUAGCGUAGAGGCCUGUUGUACUGUAUCACUGGAGCAGAUGGAGACUGCUGUCUGCUGUAGCGUAGAGGCCUGUUGUACUGUAUCACUGGAGCAGAUGGAGACUGCUGUCUGCUGUAGCGUAGAGGCCUGUUGUACUGUAUCACUGGAGCAGAUGGAGACUGCUGUCUGCUGUAGCGUAGAGGCCUGUUGUACUGUAUCACUGGAGCAGAUGGAGACUGCUGUCUGCUGUAGUGUAGAGGCCUGUUGUACUGUAUCACUGGAGCAGAUGGAGUCUAUUAGGGACUUGUACAUGCUGACAAAUCAUCUGCUUUAUAGCUUCAGGACCUUUCGGGCUGGUUUCCUGGACAACUAGUCGUGGACAAAAAAAAUAAAUUGACGGUAGAGAAUCUCUGUGUCCGGGAAGCGGCCCAUCGAUGUCUAGGUGGGUGAACAGGAAGUGAGGUGCAUCGUGGGAUUGUUUGGGAUGUGAAUACUGUCUAACAAUCAGAGCAUAUUAUGGCCUUAGGGUGGAACCAGGGUCUGAAACACCAACAUAAAUACCCUCCUCCUCGUCCUCUUAAUCCCCUGGAUCAACAGUCAAGCUCCUUGUCACCUUGUCUUUCAUUCUU